CCCCCAGAAGUUGGGAUGCUUUUCUUCACCCAGUGCUUUGGGGCUGUGUUGGAUCUCAUUCACCUCCGGUUUCAGCACUACAAGGCUAAACGGGUUUUCUCCGCCGCCGGGCAACUUGUCUGCGUCGUAAACCCCACGCACAACCUGAAGUAUGUGUCCCCCCGGCGCGCCACGGCGCAGAGCACGCCCGAGCAAGCGAGCUUCCACCCCCACCAUCAUCUCGGCCACCACCCCCGCCACCCGCGCCGCCACCACCCCCCCCGCCGCCUCCACGCCCACCCCCUGCACCUCCACCGCCAGGAGGUGACGCCCUGCCGGUGCCCGCUCUUCUCCUGCCAGUGGGAGGGCCACCUGGAGGUGGUGGUGCCCCACCUGCGGCAGACCCACCGGGUCGACAUCCUGCAGGGAGCCGAGAUCGUCUUCCUGGCCACCGACAUGCACCUGCCCGCGCCCGCCGACUGGAUCGUCCUGCACUCCUGCCUCGGCCACCACUUCCUGCUGGUGCUCAGGAAGCAGGAGAGGCAGGCGGGGCACCCGCAGUUCUUCGCCACCAUGAUGCUGAUCGGGACCCCCACCCAGGCCGACUGCUUCACCUACCGCCUGGAGCUCAGCAGGAACCACCGGCGGCUCAAAUGGGAGGCCACGCCCCGCUCGGUGCUCGAGUGCGUGGACGCGGUCCUCACCGACGGGGACUGCCUGGUCCUCAACACCUCGCUGGCCCAGCUCUUCUCCGACAACGGCAGCCUCGCCAUCGGCAUCGCCAUCACGGCCGCCAAGGCGCACGCGGCCGACGCCGAGAUGUGAGGCGGGAGCCCCCCGG